UGCGUGAUGAGAUGUCGACCUUUGACGGUAUUGUGAGGGAGUUUCCCUACGUCCGCAUUGACAACUUCACCAAUUAUCCAGACGAACCACCUCCGCUCGCCUGUUUCCUGAGCCAUGUCCAUAGUGAUCAUCUGAAGGGACUGGAGUCGUUCAAAUCAACUUUCAUCUAUUGCACAGCUCAAACUCGCGAACUGCUCCUUCGUCUGGAAAAGUACCCUCACCGCAUGAACUUUGCGAGGGGAAUCUUGGAGUCAAGAAAACAGACUUAUCGCCGCCUCAAAAAUCACAUCAAGCCAAUCCCUCUCCAAACACCAACUGAAAUUGAACUGGCUCCUGGACAGUCUAUCCGAGUAACCCUUUUCGAUGCCAAUCAUUGUCUGGGAUCCUGUAUGUUCCUCAUAGAAGGCAAUAGUAAAGCCAUUCUUUACACAGGUGAUCUUCGAUCAGAGCAAUGGUGGGUCAACACACUCAUACGCAAUCCUGUUCUUUUACCAUAUACCAAAGGCACUCAGAGACUUGACAACAUAUACCUCGACACAACCUUCACCUCUAGUGACGCUUUGGAGUAUGAGAUGCCCUCGAAGGCCGAGGGUCUGACUGAGCUCAUCAAGAAAGCCUCGCAACAUCCUCCUGAAACAAUCUUCUAUCUUAACACGUGGACUUUUGGCUAUGAGGAGGCUUGGAUUGCACUUUCAGCUGCUCUGAAGACUCGAGUCCACCUCGAUGACUAUCGUUGGCGUUUAUACUCUUCGCAGAGAGAUAACCCAACCUGCUACGGACCACAGACUGCACCUUUAGUGGGCUACAAACUCGGCAAUCACGAACAUCCAGGAUGUCUGACAAACAUGCUAGAAGGCGCACGAAUUCAUAGCUGUGAAAGGGGAACUCGCUGUGAAGUGUUUCAGGAUCCUCAUGUGGUCUGGAUCACGCCAAUCAUAGCUCGACACAAAGGUUACGAGAUUGCCGAGAUUGGGGCUGGUGGAGGUCAAGGUGACCUGAACCAGACGCACUCUCUUGAACUGUAUGAUUUGGGCAGCGUUCAGCAAUUACUAUCUAUCUGCAACAGGGCGCUCCAGGCCCAACCUGAGCUCAAAGAACCAAUGAAAGAAUGGUUCUCAACUUUGAUGAAGAGCGGCAAGGAGUCUAUCGACCUUGAUCUUGAGAUCUUGCGCGAUGAAGUUGAAAUCACCAGUCAAGACGGUAGACCCGAUGACGAAUUCGACAUGGACAACUUACCCAUCGACAAGCUGGUUCCAGCACUAACAAGGCUGAUUACGGGCAAAUCCAAGCAAGAAGAGGAAGAUCGUAUCAAACAGCAACGGCAGAUUCUCCGGGAGCUCGUGCAAGCAUUGAAUCCGAAAGACAUAUACCCUUGUACCGUGGACCGAUCGACCUACACAUACGAUGUGUCGAUGGAGAUGCUGUUCGGAGAUCUCUGCUCGGCCAACAUAUUUCAAGCAGAUAAAGAACUCCAUGCACAACUGGGCAUAAAGGGUCCAGAAGCUGACGAUGAAGAAUCUCAAAGGAGUACUCCUUCACCCGGAAGGGACAGACCAGACAUUCCACGGCAGAGACAUUCAGAACCGACUCUGAAACAUACUCUGCCAGAGGAGACCAACCACUCGAGAUUAAGCGGAGCAAGCCCAGUCCGCAGCUCGUCAACUGUAAGGCAUGAAACGCCAAAGAAACGAAGGAAGACAUCGGAGUCCGGGCACAGCAGCACUCCAAGUAGUACUCAAAGUGAGAGGAACGUGCGGCGCGAAGCGAUGUACAAUGCAGCUCUCCAUCAGAGAUGGGAGAAAGGGUUCUUUACUAGUGUGGAUGGAUAUCAUAACCAAGAGCCAGAGAAGGAGCUG